AUGCUGCGCGCGCUGCUGCUCUCUGGUCUCCUGACGUCUCGCGAAUGUUUGUCGCUGCUGCUCGUCUGUCGCGUCUGGCACUCCAUUAUCACUGCAACAAUCCACGGCUCGCGCAGCCUGCUGCUCUCCAGCGACGUUUGUCUAUUGCAUCGCGUUCCUGGUCGCGUAGAGCGACCUGAACGCGUGCAAGUUGUGCUAAAGCGUAUUAGAGAGAGAUUCCCACGACUACCGACGCAGACGACGCUUCCUUCAGCGACAGAUGAACAGCUUCAACGCGCUCACGGAGAAGUGUACAUGGAUAUGGUGGCCGGAAUGAGCAAUAAAGACUAUGUGGCUAGUCCGAGAGCGAGUAGAAUCCCAACAGUUCAGGGAAAGAAAGAAUAUUAUCGACAGUAUGAGUUUAUGGAACUGGGGGACGAUAUGACUCUCAUGAGACAUACAUUAGCAGCGGCGACAGCUGCAGCUGGUGGAGCUUGUCUAGCUGUGGAUAAAGUCUUGGACCAGAAUAAUGAGAUACGCAACGCCUUCUGUGCUGUACGUCCGCCUGGACACCAUGCGGAACGAUGUCGAGCCAUGGGUUUUUGUGUGUUUAACAACGUCGCAGUGGCGGCGCUGCACGCACUUGAGAAACAUGGUCUGACUCGUGUGGCAAUUGUGGACGUCGACGUGCACCACGGCAACGGAACCCAAGAUAUUGUGGACAGAGAGCCAAGACUACUCUAUGUGUCAAUGCAUCAGGCGGCUCCAUGCUUCCCAAGCUCGGGGUUUGCCUGUGACAAAGGCACGCAUGGGAACCUCCUUAAUGUGCCCUUACGAGCACGUUGCUCUGCUCAGAAAUAUCGCGAACAAUUCACAGCAACGGUGCUUCCACGAGUACUAAACUUCUGUCCGCAAUUGCUGAUCAUAUCCAUGGGCUUCGAUGGCUCGUCACGGGAUCCACUGGCGGAUUUCCGACUGGAAGCUGCCGACUUUUACUGGAUCACGCAGCAGCUGUGCUCCUUGGCCUGGGAAUGUUGCGAGGGGAGAAUUGUGUCAGUUCUUGAGGGCGGUUAUCACCUUGGAGCACUGGCGGACGGCGCUGAGCAACACAUGCUCGCCCUCUUACACGGCUCGUGUCGUCCAGAUGGCCUCCUACCUAUUGAGGUUCCAGUGUCGGAGAGAUUGCCCAACUAG